AUGACUUAUCUGUACCAGACCUCCUUAUCCCUCCGGGCCUCCUUAUCCCUCCCAGCCUCCUUAUCCCUCCGAGCCUCCUUAUCCCUCCGGGCCUCCUUAUCCCUCCCAGCCUCCUUAUCCCUCCGGGCCUCCUUAUCCCUCCGGGCCUCCUUAUCCCUCCCAGCCUCCACCUGGCAUCUUAUCUUUUCCAGCUCCCCCUCUGCAGAGUAUUCCAAACCUGGGGCCUGCUACCCCAAUCCACAACAAUUCCCCAUGUACACUCCACACCCACAACAAUCUAACUUCAUUUCACCUGCGAUUCCUCAACAAAGUUUCCCACUAAACCAGCACCAAGCUACAGUUCCUCCGCCCUACCCUAAUUUUCCUCCUCACGACUCGAUGUUUGUCUCAAGUAGACACGCGCCUCUGCCGUCAAGACCACCUUCACCAACUGUCCUGCAACCCAUCAUUGGUUUUGACUCUUCGAUUCUGACGAGGACAUCGCAGUCUGACAGCGUCGUGUGGAACGGCGUGCACCAGCUCACCGCCCGGGGCGUCCUGAGUUCGUUGAUGCUGGAUAGCGAUAGUAGCGAUGAAAGCGAUGAUAGUUGGGAAUCUGUCGAUAGCGACGAUAGCGAUGACAGCGACGAUAAAAAAAUCAACGAGAUCCCUAAAGGGCAGACGUAUUCCGUAACUACCCUUGGACCAUACCAAGAUGAGUCCGCAAAAAUUUUAUCUUUGCUGAGGUCCCACAUUCCAAGCUGUAACCCCAUCACCAUCACUAAAAUCCAUAACCCUUACCUAAAAAAAGCAUUUUAUAACAACAAGGCUAAACUAGAGAAUCGAUUCCCGGAUGUCCAGUACAAGGAUGAGCGGCUCUUCCACGGGACAGACUCCGCCAACAUUAAACCAAUUCUAGAAGAUAAUUUUGAUUGGAGACUUCAUGGAACUAAUGUUGGACAACUUUAUGGACAGGGCGCGUAUUUCUCCAACAACGCCGCAAUGUCUCGCCAGUACGGUAAUGCCAUCUUCAUCUGCAAGGUCCUGGUGGGCCUCACCGCGCUUGGCGACAAGAAAACUGACAGACCUCCUAAAGACAAAUCCAACCGUCCUACUGACACCACGGUUGACAAUCCGGCCAAACCCACUAUAUAUUCGUCAAGUAUGAUGAGCAACACUACUACCCUGAGUACUACGCACUAUUUUGAGAGAACAACCCAAAACGCGGCAGUCAGGAACUCUGUUCACUGCGACUACGUCCCGCCUCUUGAUCCAGCGUACCAGGGGUCGGGUCAGCUUGAUGCUCAGCCUAAAUACGAACCCACGGUCAUCCUUCAAGCCCUAAAUCAGUUUCAAGUUUAUUCGUAUAUCAAUCUAAAAACUAUAACAAAUUUUAUAAAUUCUUCUAAAUAAUAAAAACUGAGGCAAUAGGAAUUGUACAUUUCAUGGGCAACACUUUAUAGAUUUUUAUCUUCUCAUGUUUAUUCACAACGCUGACUGCGCUAACGAUGGAUUCCGUGAUGAUAUACACCUUCCUAAUUUCCAAUAAUCUAUUGUUAUCCUAUUUGUGGUCUUUCCUUUGUGGCAUAAUUGUGCAUUUUAAAUAUGUUCGUUCAUUGAGUUAAUCAUUAGGUGGGCGUUUAGAAUUCGAUGCAUCUUUAGUAGUCGAUGCGCCUUUAGGUGCUCAACCGUUUAGGGUAAAUUCAUUUAGGACAAAGUUUAUCGAGUUAAUAGUAUAUAGAGUUUAUAUUCUUAUUAAAUUUUAAUUUUAAUGAGAAGUAAUUAAGUGGUCUCAAUUGAACGGAGCCAACAAACGUCUUAUUUUUCUAAAAGUUGUAGGCUUAUCACUUUAAAUUAAUUAAAUUUCAUUUCAACGUGCCAAGCUGCUACUCAUCC